AUGGGGGUAGGGGUGUCUUUAUUGCUGCAGUUUUCCCUGACAUCUGGGGGCUACCGGAGCGGGGGCCGAGGCAGGCGCUACAGCCACGGAAGUAUCCCCGGGAGCGUCCCCAGGCGGCGCUGGACCAGGCAGCAUCCCCAGCCCCACAAUCUCCAGGCAGGCGAAGCCCUGAUGCUGGAACGGCGCUGCAGGGGCCCCUUGGCCAUGGGCCCAGCCCACCCCCGACUCCUUUCUGGGCCCUCUCAGGAGUCACCGCAGACCCUGGAGGAGGAACCCCAUGGGCUGAGGUCACUGGGCACUUCAGGUGCCACAUUGGGUGGCCGAGCCCCAGCUGGAGCCCAUCGCUGUGCCCACUGUAAACGGCACUUCCCAGGGUGGGUGGCCUUGUGGCUGCAUGCCAGGCGGUGCCAGGCCAGGCUGCCCCUGCCCUGCCCUGAGUGUGGGCGCCGUUUCCGCCACGCCCCCUUCUUGGCACUGCACCAUCAGGUCCAUGCUGCAGCCACUCCAGACCUGGGCUUUGCCUGCCACACCUGUGGGCAGGGCUUCCGAGGCUGGGUGGCCCUGGUUCUGCACCUGCGAGCCCAUGCAGCUGCAAAGCGGCCCAUUGCUUGUCCUGAAUGCGAGAGACGCUUCUGGCGACGAAAACAACUCCAGGCUCACCUGCGACGGUGCCACCCCCGCCCCCCUGAGGCCCGGCCCUUCAUAUGUGGCAACUGUGGCCGAAGCUUUGCCCAGUGGGACCAGCUCGUUGCUCACAAGCGGGUUCACGUGGCUGAGGCCCUUGAGGAGGCAGCGGCCAAGGCCCUUGGUCCUCGGCCCAGGGGCCGCCCUGCGGUGGCUGCCCCCCGGCCCGGUGGAGAUGCUGUCGACCGGCCCUUCCAGUGUGCCUGCUGUGGCAAGCGCUUCCGGCACAAGCCCAACUUGAUCGCACACCGUCGUGUGCACACGGGCGAGCGGCCCCACCAGUGUCCUGAGUGUGGGAAGCGCUUCACCAACAAGCCCUACCUGACCUCUCACCGGCGCAUCCACACUGGUGAGAAGCCCUAUCCGUGCACAGAGUGUGGACGCCGCUUCCGACACAAACCCAACCUCCUUUCGCACAGCAAGAUUCACAAGCGAUCUGAGGGGCCUGCCCAGGGCACCCCUGGCUCAGGGAGCCCCCAGCUGCCCACUGGCCCGCCAGAGUCCUUGUCAGAGCCCACCACAGAGGCACCCCCAAAACCUCAUCAGGAGCCCGCCCUAGAGCCUCUGCUAGGAGCCCCACGGGAGCCCCCGCAGGCCCAGGCUGCGGCGCCUCCAUCUCUCUACAGCUGUGAUGACUGCGGGAGAAGCUUCCGGCUGGAGCGUUUCCUGCGGGCUCACCAGCGGCAGCACACUGGUGAACGGCCUUUCACGUGCACCGAGUGUGGGAAAAACUUCGGCAAGAAGACCCACCUGGUGGCUCACACCCGAGUCCACUCGGGUGAGCGGCCCUUUGCCUGUGAAGAGUGUGGGCGCCGCUUCUCCCAGGGCAGCCACCUGGCAGCCCACCGGCGUGACCAUGCCCCUGAGCGGCCCUUUGUCUGCCCAGACUGUGGCAAGGCUUUCCGCCACAAGCCCUACCUGGCAGCCCACCGGCGCAUCCAUACCGGCGAAAAGCCCUAUGUCUGCCCCGAAUGCGGCAAAGCCUUCAGCCAGAAGUCCAACCUGGUGUCCCAUCGGCGCAUCCACACAGGCGAGCGCCCCUAUGCGUGCCCCGACUGUGACCGGAGCUUCAGCCAGAAAUCCAACCUCAUCACCCACCGCAAGAGCCACAUCCGAGAUGGCGCUUUCUGCUGUGCCAUCUGUGGCCAGACCUUCGAUGAUGAGGAGAAGCUCCUGGCCCAUCAGCAGAGGCAUGAUGUCUGA